AUGGAUCAUCGAAACUUCUUCUACAAGCUCAUCUACGAGCGCCACUCCUCGCCCUGUCAGCCAGUGUCGCUGUACAAUGCGGCCAAAAAUAACCUCUAUCUGCUGCAGCGAAUGUGCCUAGAAAAGAAACUCAAUGUUCACAGUGGAUGCGUAAACACCAUUUGCUGGAACAGCACCGGGCAGUACUUGCUCUCCGGCUCAGAUGAUCUUCAUCUGUGCAUCACCGACGCCUUUACCAAUGAGAUCAAGGCGAGCAUUCGCACCGGCCACGCUACGAACAUCUUCAGCGCAAAGUACCUUCCCGGCACGGCUGACAGUCAGGUCAUCUCCUGCUCCGGCGACGGCGUCAUCAUCUACACCGACCUCCUCCGGCCGGACACCUCCACGAAGAACAUCUUCGACUGUCAGGAGGAGUCGGUGUACGACAUUGCCACGGUGCCCAAUGACUCGCACACCUUUCUCACCUGCAGCCACGACCAGACGGUUCGGUGGUACGACUUGCGCGUGAAGACGAGCUGUCUGAAGCACCACCCGUCGCACUCUCGCUAUGGGCGCUCCAGUCUGCUCCGACAGUCGCACCGCUGCAUGGAGGACGUGCUGAUUCGGGCGGAGCACCCGGUGACGGCCAUUGCCGUCAACGGACUGAUGCCUUGGCAGCUGGCCAUUGGCUGCUCUGACUCCAUUGUCCGCAUCUACGACCGGCGCAUGCUGAGCACCAGAUCGCUGGGCGGCGCCGGCUGCGGCACCGGCCGCCAGGUGGACUCCUCAGUGCUGGCCAAGUUCACCUACGACGGCAUCAGCACCACCAACCGGAUCACCUCGCUCGCCUACAGUCGCAACUGUCAGCAGCUGCUCGCCUCCUUCUCCAAUGACUUUCUCUAUCUCUUUGAUUUGAAUGACGUCCGAAAUACCAUCAAACUCUCCGCAGAAGAGGACAUCAUUCCGGACAAGUCAGAUCGGCCGAACUGUGCGUUCAAGCGCUUUCGCCUGCGCGGCGACUGGUCGGACACGGGCCCCAAUGCACUCACCUCAGAUGAGAUUCGCGCCGCCAAUUCAGGUGAUGGUGGGGACAGUUCAACGGGUGCUGCGGCAGAUCAAUCGUCGGCGGCUUCGACUGCUGCGAGCACUUCAACGGCGGCGACGACUUCAGCAAACAGCAACAGCACCACUGCCUCUAAUUCAUUGGCGGCUAGAGCGGGCAGCAGUGCAAGUAGUGCUGCGGGCGGCACCUCUUCCUCUUCCUCCUCGGCCUCCUCUUCCUCGGCUUCAUCAGCCACCCCUAACAACAACAACAACAACACUGAACAACGGACGCGCACUUCCGAGGCUCGCAUUCGCCACCUGAACAACAUUCUCAGUCUCUUUCUGCGAAGCAGCUUUGGGGGCAGUGGCAGCAGCAGAAGCAGCAGCCUCCUCGAGAGUUUGUCGAUGGACUCUCCGCAGAGAAGCUCGCGGGCUGCAUCAUCUGCGUCCGAGCCUCAAAGGACAACUUCCGCUGCUGCUGCCGCUGCUGUGUCUAAUGACACUUCCACAACUGGUGCUUCUUCACAUGCUGACCCAUCACCUUUCACAGCGGCCUCUACCAGUACAGGAGCUUUUCGACCGCCAUCAUCUUCGGCCAACAUGGACGAGGAUUCGGGCAAUGCACAGGCAGGAGACAUUAACAACUCGGCCUCUUCCUAUGCACCGGAGCAGCCGGCCUUUUACAUUCGCCUCUUUGACGACAGCGACUGGGGCGGCGGCAACAGCAACAGCAGCAGCAGCGGUCAGCCCGGUGGAUACUGGCGCCGAAACACUGACGCCGGCAGCCAGGGGUCCAACUCUCCCAUACCUCAGGUCUCUGGGCGACUGGAGGUGGAGGUGGCCGAAGAGGAGGAGGCGGCGGCGGUGGUGGAACCGGAGCACGAAGCUGAAGAUAACACUCUGGAGAACGAGCUGAUGAUGGACGACGGUGAUGAGGGCGAGCUGGGCGAGGACUCUGACACCACUAACGACAGUGUCUUUCACCGCCACCCGAAUGCCAGUGGCCGUCACCCCCGCUCUGCAGGCACGAGCCGCACCAGUCGAUCUUCCUCCUCCAAUGAUUCCUGGCACCAGCAGUACCGACAGACCUCAUCGAGGUUCGGCACAGUGCACGAGGCUUCACACAGGCCGCAGGCAAUGGCGGAGAAUUACGGCGAGGAUGAGGAUGACGACGAUGAGAUGGAGGGCCACUCGAUGAAGUACCGCCGGACGGAGGAGAGCGUCGAGCGGGAGAAGCGACUGAAGACGUACAAAAUUAAGAACUACCAGAUCUUCAAGGGACACCGAAAUGCGCGAACUGUGAUAAAGGAGGCCACCUUCUGGGGCGACGACUACAUCGUCAGCGGCAGCGACUGUGGCCACAUCUUCUUCUGGUCGGUGAAGGACCAGCGACUGGUGAUGAUCACCGAGGGCGACCACCACGUCGUCAACUGCCUCCAGCCGCAUCCCACUGAUCCAAUUCUCGCCUCGAGCGGCAUUGAUUACGACAUUAAAAUCUGGUCACCUCAAAGUGAGGAGAGCAUGUUCGACGAGAAGAAGGCCAAGAAGAUUCGGGCCAACUUUCUCGGCUACAGUCGCAUGGAGGUGGUGAAAGAUGUGGCGGGGACGAACAAGAGUUCCAGUGGCGGUCACUUUGCCUCGCUGUACAACGACCCGGCGCUGAGCAACACCUACCAACUGGUGGUCAGCGUGAUUCGUGACAAGGACCUGAUGCAGAAGAUCUUCAUCUACUCGGUGGCCAUCGUCGUUUCGCUUUCCUACAUCAACUUUGGCUGCGCCCUCGACAUGGACGAGGUGAAGCAGGUGCUGAGGCGGCCGGUGGCCCCUGGUAUCGGCUUCUUCUCACAGUACGUUUGCAUGCCCCUGAUCUCCUACGGCCUGGCGACGCUCAUGUUCGAGGAGACCUACCUCAAGCUGGGCCUCUUCAUCUUUGGCUGCAGCCCGGGCGGCGGCGCGAGCAACAUGUGGGCCGUCCUGCUCGGUGGCAACCUCAACCUGAGCAUUACCAUGACCUUCCUCAGUACGCUGCUUUCCUUCGCGGCCAUGCCCUUUUGGCUGUACACGUUGGGGCGGACGAUUUGGGUGGACACGACGACGGUGCCCCCGGUGCGCAGUAUCCUCACCACGCUCGGCUCAAUGCUCAUCUUCCUGGGCAUCGGUCUCACUAUCAAGCGAUAUGUUCCACGGCUGGCUAAU